AUGGCUCUCGCCCCGGCCGAGGCGCUGCUGGCCCCCUCGCUGGGCGAGGGGCGGACCCAGUCCCCCAAGCCGCUGAUGAAGAAGCAGGCGGUGAAGCGGCACCACCACAAGCACAACCUCCGGCACCGCUACGAGUUCCUGGAGACGCUGGGCAAAGGCACCUACGGCAAGGUGAAGAAGGCGAGGGAGCGCUCUGGCAAGCUGGUUGCGAUCAAGUCAAUCCGGAAAGACAAAAUUAAGGAUGAGCAGGAUCUUGUCCACAUCCGGAGAGAGAUUGAGAUAAUGUCAUCCCUCAACCACCCCCACAUCAUUGGUAUCCAUGAAGUGUUUGAAAACAAUAGCAAGAUCGUCAUUGUGAUGGAGUAUGCCAGCAAGGGAGAUCUGUAUGACUACAUCAACGAGCGGCAGAGGCUGACUGAGCAGGAGGCACGACACUUCUUCAGGCAGGUCGUGUCUGCGGUCUACUACUGUCACAAGAAUGGAAUUGUUCAUCGAGACCUGAAGCUAGAAAACAUCCUGCUUGAUGGAAAGGGCAAUGUUCAGAUAGCAGACUUUGGCCUAUCUAAUGUCUACCAGCAAGACAAAUUCCUGCAGACCUACUGUGGCAGCCCUCUCUAUGCAUCCCCUGAAAUUGUGAAUGGGAGGCCCUAUAAAGGACCAGAGGUUGACAGCUGGUCCCUUGGGGUGCUCCUCUAUAUCUUGGUCCAUGGGACGAUGCCUUUUGAUGGACAAGACUACAAGACCCUGGUCCAGCAGAUCACUAGUGGGGAAUACCGAGAGCCCACUAAGCUAUCCGAUGCCUGUGGUCUGAUCCGGUGGAUGCUAAUGGUGAACCCGGAGCGCAGAGCCACCAUUGAGGACAUUGCCAGCCACUGGUGGGUGAACUGGGGCUACAAGGUGCCUAUCGGGGAGCAGGAGUUGCUGCGGGAGACAGAGUCCCCAUUGGCCACGGUGGCGGAGUGGCUGCGGCGUUCCUCGCGGCCCCUCUUCGAGAACAGCUCCAAGGUGCGCUGCUUCUUCAAGCAGCACAUCCCCGGCGUCGCCCUGGAGAGGCAGCGCUCGCUCAAGAAGUCCAAGAAGGAGAACGACGUCACCCAGGCUCUGCAGGAGGUGGCCCUGGCUACGGAGAACCCCUCCAAGUCCAUCCUGAAGAGGCCCAAGGGGAUCUUGAAGAGAAGGAACUCCUGCGAGCAGAAAACGCAAGCCCCUGCCCCUCUGCCCAUGGCGACCACCGGCGACACAAGUGACGACCGUGUGGCGCAAACCACGGACCUGAUUCGUGGCCUCUCUUCCAGGGGGCUUGCCUGCACCACGGAUGCUGGCGCUGCUGCCCUGGUGGUGCCCAAGAAGGGAAUACUGAAGAAGCCCCAAAAGCGAGAAUCUGGGUAUUACUCCUCCCCAGAGCACACUGACUCCAGGGACCUUUUAGACUCCGACUUGGAUGCCAGUGUCUUUGUUAGCAGUUUCUCCCCGGGCCAGAGCCCCGAGGGCCUUCCUGCCAGGAGGAAGGGCAUCCUGAAGCACAAUGGGAAAUAUUCCUCCAGCAACACGGAAUCAGACAGCGACCCCAUCAAGGGCUUUGGUUCCUUCAGCGAGGUGGCCCUGCCCAAACACCCGCUGGCCUCCCGGGCCCACCCAUCCAGCGCUGUGAGUGAGGACAGCAUCCUUUCCACAGAGUCCUUCGACCAGCUCGACCUGCCUGAGAGGAUGCCGGAUGGGGGCGGGGGCAUGCGCAGCUGCAUCUCUGUGGACGACCUCCUCUGGCUGGAGGAGACUGAGGAGGAGCCAGGGCGCAGGCUCCGGCGCUGGACUGUGACGCAUUGCCAAAGCCCCCUCAGGGACAGUUGCUUCUCUCUGGCAGACUGUGAGAACGUCACCGAUGUCUACAAGCAGGCCAUGGCCAUCAGCAUGAAGCUCAGCUGA